GUCAUGGCUCCUGUGGAACGCGCGUGAACAUAGCACCGGGAUCAAUUCGUGAUGGCAAACUUGACAGAAAAGGACUUUGCUCCGCUGAGUGCGGCCUGCGUGAGGGCCCUGAGUGACAAGCUUUACGAGAAGCGCAAGACAGCUGCACUGGAGAUUGAAAAGAUGGUGAAGGACUUCAUGAGCAAGGAGAAUGUGAUGCAGAUCCGCAAGCUGCUCAAGUUGCUCGGCCAGGACUUCGCCCUGUCGCACAAUGCCAACAGCCGCAAGGGGGGCGUCAUUGGGCUCGCUGCCAUUGCCCUCGCUCUUGGCAAGGACUCCGGUCCGUACGUGGACGACCUGGUGAAGCCGAUCCUGGCCUGCCUCAGCGACUCGGACAGCCGUGUUCGAUAUUACGCCUCUGAAGCACUCUACAAUGUGGUCAAGGUGGCACGUGGCGCCGUCCUGCCCAGCUUUAAUGACAUCUUUGACUGUCUGAGCAAGCUGGCCGCCGAUCCUGACCAAAACGUGAGAAAUGGAUCGGAGCUUCUCGACCGUCUUCUCAAGGACAUCGUAACGGAGAGCGCUUCGUUCGACCUGGUGGCCUUCAUGCCGCUGCUGCGUGAGCGGGUCUACACAAAGAACAACUUUGCGCGAGCAUUUGUGGUCUCUUGGGUGUCUGUGAUGAACUCGGUGCCAGACAUUGACAUGCUCAUCUUUCUGCCCGAAAUCCUUGAUGGCCUUUUCUACAUACUUGAAGAUCCCUCGGUUGAACUCAAGAAAAUGUGCGAGACGACGUUGAGCGAAUUCCUGCGCAACAUCCUGCAGCACCCCGACCGUGUGGACUUUGCUGCGAUGAUCCGGAACCUCAUCGUACACUCUCAUUCCUCCGAGGAGCUGGUGCAGUACACGGCCAUCAGCUGGAUGCGCGAAUUCGUGGCAUUGUCCGGGCGCACGCUGCUGCCACACGCGGCAGGCAUUCUGGAGGCCGUCCUUCCCACCCUCUCGUACGAUGACCCCCGGCGACCAGAAUCACCCUCACAUGCCCAUGCUGCUGCUAUCCGCGAAACGGCCAAGGCAGUAAACAUGCGGCUGAUGCAUCUGGUCACCGAGGAGGACGACCAACCUUUGUCUCGGGGCCCUGCGGUAAGCGGCAGCGAUUCACCCGCGACGAGAGGGCUGGGCCUUGGUGUGCAGCAGAGGAUCGCAGGCGAGCUCCAGCCGGAAGGCGUGAACGCAAUAGCCGUGCCCGUCGCAACCGAACUGGAGCUGACGCCGUUGGUGAACGUGUUGACGCGGCAGCUGAUGCACGUCUCUAUGCAGACGCGCAUUGCGGUGCUGCGCUGGUUCCUGCACCUCUUCACCAAAAUACCGAACAAGAUUUUUCUCCAUGUGGAGGAGAUAUUUCCAAAGCUGCUACAGACACUUUCGGAUCCAUCGGAUGAGGUGGUCCUGUUAGACCUCGAGGUGCUCGCUGAGAUCUCGUCGUCAAGUGCACCCGGAGGCAGCGGUGCCUUGAAGCAGGCCAUAAACAGCGAUGGCAGUGUGCCUGCCGGGGAUGCAAUCGCAGCACCCAAUUGUUACUUCGGAAAGUUUAUGCUGUCACUGCUGGACCUGUUCCAGUCUGAUCUGCAGCUGCUUGAGGACAGAGGCUCCUUCAUAAUCAGGCAGCUGUGCGUGCUGUUGAGCGCGGAGGACAUCUACCAGUACCUGUCCGAGAUCCUGCUGGGCAGAGAGGACCUGCGCUUUACGGCACACAUGGUGCAAACCCUCAACACUAUUCUGCUCACUUCCACCAAACUGUUUGACCUGCGCGACUAGCUCAAGGACCUCCACACCAAGAUGAGCUGCUCGCUGUUCUGCUGCCUGUACCAGUCGUGGUGCCACAACCCAGUCGCCACAAUAUCCCUGUGCCUGCUCACCCAGAACUACGAGCACACCUGCUCCCUGCUGCACCUCUUCAGCGACAUGGAGGUGACAGUCGAGUUCCUCACUGAAAUCGACAAGCUUGUACAGCUGAUUGAGUCUCCGAUUUUCACAUACUUGCGCCUGCAGCUGCUAGAUAGCCCACAACAGUCUUACCUGGUCAAGUCUCUGUACGGCCUGCUCAUGCUGCUACCCCAGAGCGAGGCUUUCCACACACUGCGCACAAGGCUCGCCUGCUUGCCGCACCCGUCCCUGCAGCAGAUGGAUACUGGCGCCACUGUUCGAAGGAGAAAUAAGAAAGACAAGAACGCUGUCGCCAAUCCAAGGUCACCGGCCAACCAACCCACAGAGCAGCCACCUAUCAAUGAGCAGACGCUAAAGUCAUCACCAACGCAGCAAAAAUGCAGGCCCAAGAUGUCACCUCUGCCGCUCGAUGACUUCAAGAUCGUCUACCGCCCGCAAGCAGGUCUUGACCUCGCCAAAUGGAACACCGUCGCGUUCACGCAUGCCAUCGGCAGACGGACUGAGAGCAACAUUUCUCAGGCGGGGUGGAACGGCAAAAUCAUAGCGCUCCCGCACCUUAAGGUGUCGGCGUGCGAUGCCGUGCAGGAGGCCAACUGUGUGGCCUAA